GAUUUGCACUUGAGACAGGGGGGGCGAUAGUGGUGUUACAAUUCAGGGCCAUGUGAAACCGCACGGGAACAGAAUUUAGGAGGUUGAGACGUCAGAACCCCUUGCCCUGGCCACGGUUUUGAAAGUAGAGAUGAGAAGGACAAAUUAGUGAAUCUUCCCUUCUGGUCUUUGGAUUGUGAAUGUUGUGGAGUCUGAGUCAGAGAGCUACUCAGGGCUCAGGAAGAAGAUGCGAGCCAGCCCCAUCCGCAUCCCGACUGUCAGCAAUGACACCGACUGGGACUUCUGCUUCCAUCUGCCUCCCACCUCAGGCCAAGAAACAUGCUGAGUCUGCCAAGAACACACUGAUGACCUGGAAGGGAAACACGACCUCAGACAAGGAGAAAAAGGAAAUCCUGGAGACUCUGGUCAUGCUCUACUACACUGUGGGGGUGGCCUGGCUCCUACAGAACCGUGGCAGAGAGGCUUAUUUCAACCUGCAGAAGUCAGAGAGAAACAUGAAGGAGCUGAAAAAAUCAUAUAAGGGAGGUGCUUGUGGAUUACAGGUCUCAGAGAAAGACCUAACAAUUGCUUUGGGCAGAGCCCCCUUGGCCAACCGCAGGUUAAACCUAGCUCUGGCAUACUUUGAAAAGGCAAUUGACAAUGUUAUUGCUGCUAAGGGUGAUAGGACAUCAGAUCUGGUUGGUCUUUACGAGGAAAUUGCUCAGAUCGAGCAGCUGAGGAAGAACCAUGACCAGGCCGUCCAGUACUUGCAGCAGGGCCAUUCUAUCUGUGUUUCUUUGUUCACUGAAGUCAGCCCCCAAGCUGCAGAGGCGAGCGCGUUACUAGCCAAGGCUGAUGCCACGUCUGGAGAGGCCCAACACAGGGAUGCUGUUGAGAUAUAUUUUAUAAAAAGCAUCACUGCAUAUCAAACAACAUUGGGCCCAGAGGAUUAUGAAACACUGACGACCGUUGAAGAAUUUUGCAAAUGGCUUGUGCAAAAUGGGGAAAAACAGUUUUUUGCAAGGUUUGAAAAGCUCAUGGAAUACAACCAGCGUGCUCCUUCAGAAUUACCAGCUAUUUGGAAAAUCCUGGUGGAAACCACUGCGGGUUUUAGGUAGGCAUGCUGUCGAUUUUCAGGCCUGUUACUUUGGUUUUCCACAGCCACAUAUGGUAGUGGAAGCUUCAGUGAAGUGGAAUGAUACAGGUACAGCACUAGGGGGACAGAGCCUUUGAUUCAGAGUCCUUCCUCCUUGGAAAGGAACCAGGAGGAAGAGUAGUAGAGGCAUCUGAAAUGUAAACCUGUGACAUCUCAGUUCCACUGGUGCUCUCCUGAGUCUGGUUUAUAAUGAAGGUGCUUGUUAUUUGAUUCUCUUUAAAUUGUUAUGCUUCUCAACUCGCCUACAGUGUCUGAUAAUUCAAAUCCUCAUAUAUGGACAUGAGCACUGUAAAAGCAGAGACACAAAAAACCUCCUUACCCUAAUGCAGAGGUAAGUUCUGACCCUGAUCAUCAACCAGCUCUUCAGUGUGGAUAUAUGGAUAGCUUGGCCUCACCCAGAUUCAUUCAUUUAGGGGUGAUUCACCUGUUAUUCUUGUUAGUAAGGCAAAAUGCCUACCUGUACUAUGGAUCUGGCCAAAUCCUAAACUGCAGGUACCUAGUCAAUUUCUAGUAGUCUCUCAGAACCCGAUGUUACAGGGGUCUGCUGCAAUAUUAUUUAGUAUUUAUGUCUCUUUCAAUGCUGAGCAUUGUAACCAAGUCCUACAAGACUGUUUCAGCUAACAGCUUGUGGUAGAUACAAAUUGGGUUUAUAACAAAGCAAGUGAAGGAAUUCCCUGGCGGUCCAGUGGUUAGGACUCCAUGCUUUCACUGGUGAGAGCCUGGGUUCCAUCCCUGGUGGGGGAACUAAGAUCCUACAAGCUGGGGGCGCGGCCAGAAAAAAAAGUAAGUGAAUAUGUUAAACUUAUCUUUCUUGCUAAACACACAAAAUCUAAGUCCCUAAACAUAAGGCAACUUUUGGGGGGAAACAGUUGUCUCCGAAGUUAAAAAUAAAAGAGCCUCUUCAGAUUCUUCUUAAAAAAUGUUUAGAAUUUCAGCCAAAGAAGAGUGUUUUGUGUAGACCUGCCCCCUUCUUGACUCUUGGCAUAUCACUGCUGUUUGUUCAUCUCAGAAUGAUAUUGAUCCUGAACUGUUCUCGUUUGUUGAGUGUACACUAAAUCCCUAAAACUGAGCUAGAUCCUACUCAUAAAGUAUUUAAUUUUUACAAAUACCCUACAUGAUAGUUCUCAUUUGACAGAAGGGGGCCUGAUGUUCUAUAAAAGAACAUGCCUAAAUUCACUUACGUCUUGGAGGUUUGGACCCAAGCAAGUGUGGCUCUAAAGGCCAUGUGCUUUCCCCUUAGAGCCCUCUGACAAAGAGGGGUGUCAUUAUGGCGUGAGAGUUAGGACUCUGAUUGCAUUUCACUGGAGGUGGCUCACAGUUAGUACUUUCUCACUACGCUGGCCGGUGGGAGGACAAGAUGAGCACAGAGAAUACAUCAGCCCAUCGUGUCCCCAUCCACCUCAGUCAGAGCCACACCUACAGGAGGCCCAACAGCAGACUGUCUCCUGCUUGAUCUCACCCAGGAGAGAAUGUUCUCUAGCCUCUCUCAGUGAUGCCCACGGUAGGAGGGUAUAUGGGGAACUUUGCCCUCUGCCUGCUGGUGUAUAUGAAAGUAUGUUUUCUUAGUCAGUAACCAUAACAGUAUUAAUAAUAACGAUAAGGUAGAACUUCUUCCAAUCCCCUGAUAUUGUAACAUACAUAUAUUAUUUCUGAUUCAUAAAUAACCCUAUUCUGUAGGUUGUUUUUUUUGUUUUUUUUUUUUAAGUAAGCAGUACCUUAUUUUAUUUUAUUCAUUUAUUUUUGGCUGUGUUGGGUCUUUGUUUCUGUGCGAGGGCUUUCUCUAGUUGUGGCAAGCGGGGGCCACUCUUCAUUGUGGUGCGCGGGCCUCUCACUAUCGCGGCCUCUCUUGUUGCGGAGCACAGGCUCCAGACGCGCAGGCUCAGUAGUUGUGGCUCACAGGCCGAGUUGCUCCGCGGCAUGUGGGAUCUUUCCAGACCAGGGCUCGAACCCCUGUCCCCUGCAUUGGCAGGCAGAUUCUCAACCACUGCGCCACCAGGGAAGCCCCCGGUAGGUAUUUUUAUCUUACAUGUUCAGGUGAUGAAACUGAGACUCAGAAAGUUUGAAUAUCUUGUUUAAAAAUCAUCUAGCUGGUAAGUGUGGUAGGAUUUGAACCCAGGUCUGUCAUAGUUCAAAAAUACACCGCCUUUCACUACAUUAAUAGGGAUUCUGACUUUUGAGGAAUUUGAGACUGCAUAUGGGGACACCUGAUCAGCAGGCAAGUCCCCAGAACCUCGUUUUACAUACGGGGGAACUGAGGACAGAUAUGUUCAAGUUGAAUUACCCAGGAGGAGGCGGAGCUGGGAUGGGAACCCAGGUCUCUAACUCCAGAAUGUGCUCUCCGUGGGCAAUGUAGCUUACUCUCUGACGGCAGGCUGUCCGGAUUUUAAAUCAGGCUCUCUGACCUAGGUGAACUUACUUAACCUCUCUCAGCACCUUUAUUCAUCAGUGAAAUAAAAGUACCUUCCUCAAAAAGUGGAUUUUCUGAGAAAUAAUAAGAUCACAUAUAAUACAGCACUUAGAUCAGGGCCUGACAGGUCUUAAGUACUCAAUAAAUGUUGGCAUAAGCAUAAUAAUAAGAAGAAUUAUCUUUUUGAGAUGCUGGAGAUAAUAGGUCAGAAUGUUUCGAUAAGAAGCUUCUAUAUAUCACGCUAUUAUUAUUUUAUAUUAAGAGUGAUGGGAAAAGAGUAUGUAUUACUGGAGUCAGCCCUGUCAUCUUAAACCUGCCUCUGCCACUUAAUAAGUAUAUGACCUUGGAAAAAUCACUUAACCUCUGAGCCUUGGUUUCUCCAUCACUAAAAUGCAAAUAAUAGCAUAUGACAUAGAGUUGUGAGUUUUCAAGAAAAUAACAUAUAUAACAUGCAUAGGCCAGUGCCUGGCAGAAUAUGUACUCAAUGAAUGUUAGCAAAACACAUUUCCUUCCCCCUUCUUCUGCAGUACAUGCCUUUUGCUUCCAGGGUAAUAGGUCAGAAUAUUUGAAAUCCUAAUUGUGAUUGAUCGUUGGGCAGUAUUAACAAUAUGUUUGUAUGUUUGAGAAUUAGAUUGAGAAUUUGAAUCUUUGAACAUAUCUAAAGUACAUUUUGUACACUGAAGGUAAUAAUAAUGAAACUAAAAGUAUAAAACAUAUAACUUCAGACAAGAAAUGCAUGUGUCCUCAAAACUGGAACAAAAGUUCUACUCAGCUUGUAUUUAAAAAGAGAAACUUCAGAAUAGCUAUAGUGAAUCCAUUUCCUCAGUAGCUUGAAGUUGCUUUUCCCUUGAGUUUUUUUUUUUUUACUGUUCCUGGUUCCUUGUCCAUGAUUUGAAAAGAAUGAUAGGAGGAGGAGAAAUUAGGAAGCAUUGGUAUAACCCAGUUCAGACCCCAGGUAGUAUGAGUUUCUUUUGGUUCUCGGAGGCUAAUUCUUCUCUCUGUAAAUGACAAUGAGACCUAGACCUACCAAGAAAGCACAUGUAAGGGGAAAAGAAGAGUCUUUUGAAGGACUCUGCUGUAGCAGAAGUCCAGUCAGUAAGAUGUGAGCCCUGAAACAAGCUCAUAUCUCAUUCCUCAAGAAUUGCUGAGCAAAGCCAUAGGCGUGGCUGCCAAAGCCCAGAUGUCAAACAACACCACCACCACUAAACAAAAAACCCCACAAAAAACCCAGUACAGGAAUUGUUCCUUGGCUUGAGCAUCUUGCUGGAAUAAUCAAUCCCAGAUGUCCUGGAACUCUGCUAGUUUCCUGAUGUGCUCUUGUGCUUUCUACCCCACCUCCUCUGGAAACCCAGUGACAACAUUCACCGAACUUUCAUUGCCAAGAGCCCAAAUUCUUGGCUUUUGAAGCCUCUGCAAAGAAGUGAAAGCAGAACUGGCCCCAUGAAAUAGGAGUUGGUUUCCAAGGUUAAAUGUUAGUUGCAAGGGCCUCAAAUAAGAUUUCAGUGUAAAGAAAAGGCACAGAAAAUCUCAGAUUUGGAAGUAAACUUUGAGAUUGUUUAGUCUGACUUUUACCUAAGUCACAAAUGGACUUCAGUUUUAAUCAUUUACAUAUCAACCUCCCUCUAAGCUCUAGAAAUACUAAGAUGUUUAAGAUACAGUCCUUUCAAGAAAACAGACACACAUGACCAGAUUACAAGUUAGUCUGUAGUAAAGCUUUAAUAGAAAUAUAAACAGAGGACAAGUAAUAAAUUGUAGGGCUGGAAAUGUAGGUAGAGACAGUGUGUACGCAGCAGGCAGGUGGCUGGGUCUUCAAAGAAAAGUAAAACAUCAACAAGUAGAAAAGCCAGAGGAGGGCAUUUCAAGUAGCACAAACAACAGCAUAGUGGCCUGGAGAGACUUGAUAUUUCUGAGGAGAAGCAAGUGGCCUUGAGUUGUUGUAGCUGGAGGUACCUGAGUAGGAACGUGCUGGAGAUGAGUUUGGAAAGAUAAAUUGGGGUCAGAUUAUGGAAUGUAAAACAUAAAUUAUAUAAUAUGGUCAUUCAAAAGCAUUAAGUAGAGCUUUGAAGACUCAUGGAAAAAUAUCCCAGAUAUAUUGUUAGAGGUAAAAACACACACACAAAUAGAUAUUAGUAUUAUAUAUAGUAUAACCCAUAAAUAUAUGUAACUAUAUAAUUAAGGAGGGUAACAGUAAUCUCUGGGGUAUGGAAUUAUGGAGGACUUUCAACUUGUGUUGAAAUAAUGUAUAUUAUUUGACUUUUUUUUUAAACAACAAAUAUGUAUUAUACCUCUGAUAAUAAAAAAGAAUAAAAUUUUAAAAAGAGUAUCACAUACAUGUCAAAUAUUGAGACAAUAUAAUGUAGUGUUAAGGGAAUGGACUAGAGCCAGAUGCCUGAGUUACAAUCAGUUUAUUUAUUAGCUGGGUGAGCUUGCCACAAGUCACUUUAUUUCUCAGUUUUCUCACCUAUAAAAUGGGGAUAAUAAUACCUACUUCAUAAAUGAGUUAAUGAGUGAAUGUAAGUACAACUCCUCAGAAAGAUGCCUGACACAUAAUAUGUGCUAAUUAGAGGUGAUGAUGAUAAUGAUGACUAAUAAGCAGCCAUACAGGCAAACAGGAAAUCAUCCCUGACAUUAGAGUGAGCUGUACUGGUAGAACAGAUUUUUAAGAUUACUGUUUGUCCAGUACCUGUUUAAACACCUCCUCAAAUCAGGAACUCACUCAUUACCUGUCCAGGUGGCCCUUUCCAUUACUGGACAGUUCUAACUGUUAGAAUACAGUAGUCAAGGUCAUGGACUUUAGAGUCAGACAGAUCUGUGUCUGAAUCCAGGCCCCUCUACUUUCUGUGUGCCAUAGGGCAAGUUAUCCUAAGCCUCAGUUUUCUCUAAUGAGGAUUAGAAUAGCAUCUAUAAUAUGGAGAGAUAAUAAAGAGUAAAUGAGAUUAUUCACAUAAAGCACUUCACAUGGUGUUUGGUAUAUGGUGACUGCUCUAUAAGUAUUAGCUAGUGUUGCAGCUGUAGCCCGUCACCCAGACUUACCGGAAGUGUGACGGCACGGAGCAUGAGCUUCAUCUUUGUCCUUGUUAGACACCUCUAGGACAGCUGCAUGCAGAAAACUUAUUUUGGUAUAACUUUUGAUAGGUCUUAAGCUGUAGGAGACAAUAGAAGGAGCAAGGAAAACCAUCCUUUUCUCUUUAUAGGAGGGGGAAGAGGGAAGGUGCCUCAAUGCCCAUUAACCUAUUAGUGAUCUACUGUCUUCUUGGUCAUGUGAACAAAAAUAGCCUUUUCUGGGCUGAGGGGAUGGGGAGAGAAAGCCAAAGAAAAGCAGGGUGGAAAAGGAGGAUUUGGGGUGAUUAUUUCCAGAGAGAACUGCAGUUAAGUAGGAGAACAGGUGAUACACUCAGUAAAUUUUGUGUCAGCCAAACCAGUCUUGGACAAGACCUUAGUGAUGAAAUUUAUGACCCAUAAACUAGAUUGUUUCCAGGCUGCUGCAUUCAUGUUCUUUCCUAUCACUAGUAAAUAUUCUAACACUGCCUCUACAAAAUUAAAAGUGAAAAUAUUUGCCAAACCUUGGUGUAUGAGUGGGUGGGGAGCAAAAUCUGCUCUAAUAUCCAGGUGCCAAGGGGCAGUGGCUUUUCCAAAUCAGGAUUCUAGGAAUGGCUGGCAACACCGGGGCAGAUAGAGAAGUGAACAUUUAGGAGCAUUUAGCUCCCCCCGCCCAGGGUCUCCCUGAAGGGGAACAGAGGCUGCUAAGCCACAAAGAGCCAGCUCAGGGUGCCUGGUCUCUAGCAGAGCACUGGGGGAACUCUACAAUCAACAGCCACUCCGCCAUGCCCGCAAAAACAGAUUGACAGGAGGUAUAGCAUGGAAUAGGGCAAGGAGAACAAGUGUAUUUUACCUCCUGGGCCCACGUUGUUUCCUGGAGUGAUGCCUGAAGUUCCAGAGCAAAAGGCUGGGUUUGGUGGAGCUUGGUUUAUUAUUGUCUGUCAUGGGGCAUGGGUGGGGGAAGAGCUACACUUCUGCCACAAAUUUGCUAUUCAUGCCCAGUGAAAGAGCGGUAUACCUUGAGUCAAGGCGCCUUGUGUGUGAGUCCCAACUCUGCUAUGAAAUAGCAAUGUAACCUUAAGUUGCUUAAACAUUCUGAGCCUCACUUUCCUCAACAGUCCUUCAACAGAUUUAUCUGGUGAGCUCCUACUAAGUGCCAAGUGCAGUUAGAGCUGCAGGUGGUAAUAAAAUAAAAUAAGAUAGAUAAAACACGGCCAUUACUCUUAAGGAGACAACAAUCUAGUGCAAGAGACAAACAUGAAAAAUAAUGAAAAUGUGAAAUAUAGAUUCUCUAGUAGAAGUCUCAGUGCACUAAGAGCAGCAAGGAGAGACAGUCUAAGAAGGCUGGAGAAGACUUCAUAGAGAGGGUUACAUUUGAGUUGUUUCUUGAAGGGCGAGUAACAGUUCAUCCAGAAGGAGGAGAGAAGACAUUACAUGAAGAAGGUACUCUAUAUGCAAAAGCACAGAGGCAUGACAGAGGGCAGUGUAUGAAAGGAUGGUAAGUUCUUCAAGGCAGCUGUACCGGGCAGCACUUCCUAAAGGGUAUUUCAAUGUUGAUUCCAAGGGAUGGAGGAAGAACGGCUCUGUGAAAGAACUCAGUUUAGGAGGAAACCAAACUGAAUUAAACAAAGUGACACAGGUUUACUUCCUGAAGGACUUCUCAGAACUUUUGACAUACUAAACUUCCCUACUGGCAUGUUGGGAACAAAUUAAUUUUUAAAAAGCCACUGUAUUUAUAUUUACCUGAAUUCUUUUUAAAAUGGUCAGUGAUUUAAAUUUUGGCAAAUAAAACCUUAUUUAGAGCCAUAGAGAAUAUAUCUUAGGUCUGGUUUUAUUUAAAGCAAAAGGUAUGUAGAGCACUGUUUGAACUGAGGGUACAAGAAUACUUGUGGAGUUUGGUAAAGGAUUUGGGCCCCACUUUAGGACAUAAGUUCUUUCUGAACAAUGACUAUCUCACCAAUGAACUAUUUUAUCUGAUCAUAGAAACAUGACUUCAACACAUCCCUAUGAACUAAUUUUUCUUUAUGAUUCAUGGUGGUUAAGAGCUCUAGCUCUGGAGACAGACAAGCCUGCUCAAAUCCCAGAACCACCACUUUCUGGCUGUGUGUAAUCCUGGUUUUCUCAUCCAUAGGAUGGGGAUGAGAAUAGUACCUAUCUCUUGGUGAUGCUGCAAAACUGAGAUAAUGUAUGUAAAGUGGUUAUCAUGUAAUAAAUAAGUUGUUUUCAUAUUAACUGAAA